UGAGGUUAACUUUGUUUAUAUAUAUAUACAUAUUAUCACACCAAAGAAUAGCUAUGCAUUAAACAUGUAUAUUUCGUUGAAUUCCUAUGCUGCAUUUUUCAACUACUUAUAAUUGAGAGCUCCUCUCACCCCUUCAAACACAGAACAAAUUAAACACAAGCUUUGGAACCUCAACCUUUGAAUUGGUAUUUUCACUGGCAUUUCAUUCUUACCGGGUUCUAGUCUCAGGAAGUUUCAAAUCGAACAAGCGACGCCAAUAUUUCGGCACUGACUCUUACGCUAUCGAUAAACCUCACAUCCGGAAACGUCUUUGCGAGCUUAGAAUCAAGACCCACCAUACCAGCACAUCCCAACAAUACACAGUUUACUUGGGGCUCCUCAUCCAAGUAAAGCUGGACCUUUUUCACAAUUUCCCCAUACACUACGGGGUUAUUUAAAUUCACGACAUUAAUAUCAAAACUUUUGGUUCUAGCCAUAGACUGGGGAAACGAAUGUGAUUUGAAAAACUUUAGGAUGGACUUGUCAAGAGUAUUGUUCCAGCUACUGGUACUUGUGAGAAUCAUCAGUUUGGAGAAUCGGGGAUUCAGCACCGAAUAGAUCAAUGAUCCAAGCAUAAUUCCUAAAAUUGGCUUGUUUGUGCUUUGGGUCAAACUAUAAACCAACGGAUGGUCGGAGUAACAACACACCAAGUACCCGUCAUAGUCAAGUAAUUUACGCUUAAUCAAAUCCGGGUAUACCACCGCUUCAGACACUUCACCAGCGUGUUCACCAUCGAUUUCCGAUGGGGCGGCUGCUGGUGCGGUGUAAAAAUCGUAUUGAAUCCCCGGGACCUGUGGGAGAAGGUCUCUCAUAUCAUUUGUAACUUUUUCACUGGAGUUGGGGUUAAUUACCAACAACUUAUACAUAUGGGAGGGCUCUAGUAGUAAGUAGAAUUGUUUAAAUCCCUAUUUUGCUCCUUCAAGCCCUCCAUCGCCAGGGGCGACGCGCAAAACUGUUAACGAGAGUCAAAUUGUACCAACGAGAGUCACAUUUCCAUCCACAUCUAUCAUCUUCAACCAUCGAUUCAAGGGCUUUACUUUGCACUCCGAAUGUCGUUUGUUGCUCAUUUAGCACAAGAAAGGCAUCUACUUCUAUGGGCUAAGUCUGUCUUGGCUCUAACUUUGGUUAGUGACGAUAUCAAGUUUGUGAUCAGUGAAAAGUCCAUUACCAUCUCAGCAGUAAAUUCAACUAAUACCAGUGAUGGAGACAUCUCGUUUGAAAGGGACUUCUUUGACGAGUAUCACGUAUCUUUUGAUGGUACAAUUUCGCAUGGAUUCGAUAUAGAAGAUGCCACAUACCUGUUUAUUGUCAGUUCCAACCACUUAUCAAUCCUUUUCAAAACUUUGGAUACGGACAGCUUGAUAAAACUACGUGUCAACUUUGACAAUGAAUUCCGUAUGCUCAUUGACAUCACCAGAAAGCUCAUUGUAAAGAAGUAUCAAAUCGGUUAUCAGCCAGUGAAAAACCAACACGAUCCCGUAUGGAAAUAUUAUGUGUCAGAACACCAGCGCCAGCAAAAUAUUUUACCAACUUGCCAUGAUUCGGACAUAAAGUACAUUAGAAUUGACCACAAGAUAUUGAAGGAGUUUGUUGACUUGGUUCCACAACAAACUGAAGAAUUCAAGAUCGAAGUCAAGAGCAACAAGAUCAGUUUCAACGGCUUUACCAAAAUGAUUUUGAAAGAUAACCAAUAUCUCAAACAGCCAAUGUCAAUCACCAUUUCACUCAACUUGUACGAACUUGCUGAUACCAACAUGCCACCAGAGUUUAACCAGAGGAUUAAUUUUAAAUUGAAGUUCUUCAAGAUUUUCAUAAAUCUUAUUAGCUUUAUCCUGCUCCAUAAGCUUGAUCAAAGCGAGGAAUUCGAAAUCUACUUCAAGGCUCCUGGGGACCCUGUUUUAUUUACCUUGAGAAGUACUCGCCAUGUAUGUGUGCACUUUGUUCAACUCACAAAUGAUGAAGCCGGUCAAACCGAGAACCUAAUCACCCAAAACCCAAUCAUGAAAAGUUAUAAGCUUGAGGAAGUAGGUAGGAACUCCCUGAAAUAUGCCACAGGAGCUUUGACCCAUCUGACUAGUCGCUCAACUAUUUCAAGGCCAAAUUUACUAAAUCCGGCAAAAGAAUUAACCGGUGAUAACGGCUCAUACUCCGAUCUUGAGCCUGAAGUCGACCAAUUCAAUGUAAACUUCGAUGAUGAGUCGGAGGUGGAGCUAGGAGCCACUCAACAUGAUGAGGUCCGUUCCAUAUUUGAUUGAGCAAAACUAACGAAAUAAUGAUGCCCAUGACCUUUCUUGUAAAUAUUGAAUAAAUUAAUACUUAAGUACUAUAUUUUGUCAUAGUUAUAUAGAGUGUCGUACGUUCUAAAGAUUCCUGUUCAAGCAACCUUUGGAGACACAUCUUCCAAUUUCUUGUCUUCGCUAAAGUAAUGAUGAUUAGCCCAUCUAAAUCCUUGGGCCAAUUGAGCAACUUCAUUUACAGCAUGGCAUCCGAACAACAAGUAGUUCUUUGGUGACACAGCCAUUGAGUAUCUCAUGAAUGCUAUGGAAUACACGAUCAAUGAACCUGUCAUUGGGCCGGAAAUCAAAUCGGGAUCUUUCUUCAAAUCUAACAACGCAGCUACUGGAACACCAAAGUUUGACACUGGUCCCCAGAAAUGCGUGGUAAACAAGUAUCUGAAUGUUUGUUUGCUGAAUACCUGAUCGGCGAAUUUCUUGAAAGUGGACAUUUUAAUGUAAUAUGAUCUGUAUUUCAAAGUAUUGGGAUGAUUAGCUUCACUCGGUUACUAUUGUUCCGAUACUGGAUUUUUUGGAUU